AUGCCUCUGCUGACCGGCCACAGGGGCCUGCACCCAGGCCACCAUCAGGAGGACCCCCGCAGCCCGCUGCUGCCCCGGCCCACGGAGACACCUGCCCUCAAGGGCCUUUACUACCGCAGGGUCCGCAAGGUGGGGGCCCGGGACUGCUCCCCGGUGCUGGACGUCAAGAGGGAGAUGCUGGUGAACGUGGGGGGCAGGCGGUACGUCCUGCCCUGGAGCACGCUGGACGAGUUCCCGCGGAGCCGCCUGAGCAGGCUCAAGCUGUGCCGCAGCUCCGCCGAGAUCACGCAGCUCUGUGACGACUACGACGAGGACAACCAGGAGUUCUUCUUCGACCGCAGCCCCAGCGCCUUUGCGGUGAUUGUGAGCUUCCUGGCGGCCGGCAAGCUGGUGCUGCUGCGGGAGACGUGCGCGCUGUCCUUCCGCGAGGAGCUGAGCUACUGGGGCAUCGAGGAGGCCGGCCUGGAGCCCUGCUGCCUGCGCCGGCUGCUCCGGAGGCUGGAGGAGCGGGCGGAGCAGCGGCGGGAGGAGGCGCUGCAGCGGGGCGAGGCCGGCCGCCCGGCCGCGCUCACCUCCCGCUGGGGCCGCUGCAUGAACCGGCUGCGGGAGAUGGUGGAGAACCCGCAGUCCGGCCUGCCGGGCAAGGUCUUCGCGUGUCUGUCGGUCCUCUUCGUGGCCACCACGGCCGUCAGCCUGUGCGUGAGCACCAUGCCCGACCUCCGGGCCGAGGAGGACAAGGGCGAGUGCUCUCCGAAGUGCUACUCCAUCUUCGUCGUGGAGACCGUCUGUGUGGCCUGGUUCUCCCUGGAGUUCUGCCUGCGCUGUCAGGCCCGGGACAAGUGCCAGUUCUUCCAGGGGCCCCUGAACAUCAUCGACAUGCUGGCCAUCUCCCCGUACUACGUGUCGCUCGCCGUGUCCGAGGAGCCCCCGGAGCACGGCGAGAGGCCCGGCGGCGGCGGGGGCCUACUGGAGAAGGUGGGGCUGGUGCUGCGCGUGCUGCGGGCACUGCGCAUCCUCUACGUGAUGCGCCUGGCCCGCCACUCGCUGGGGCUGCAGACGCUCGGCCUCACCGUGCGCCGCUGCACGCGCGAGUUCGGGCUGCUGCUCCUCUUCCUGGGGGUGGCCGUCACCCUCUUCGCGCCCUUGGUCUAUGUGGCCGAGAACGAGGCCGGCAGGGUCCUGGAGUUCACCAGCAUCCCCGCCUCCUACUGGUGGGCCAUCAUCUCCAUGACAACGGUGGGCUACGGGGACAUGGUGCCGCGCAGCGUGCCGGGCCAGGUGGUGGCCCUGAGCAGCAUCCUCAGCGGGAUCCUCAUCAUGGCCUUCCCGGCCACGUCCAUCUUCCACACCUUCUCCCACUCCUACCUGGAGCUCAAGAAGGAGCAGGAGCGGCUCCAGGCCCGCCUCCGCCGCCUGCAGGACUGCAGCGCGGCCAGCGAGCGCCCGCUCCUGGACGACGUUGACGACCAGGUCCCGGAGGGCCCGGCCUCGCCCGGCGCCUACGCCUGA